UUUACGCUCGCUUCUUCCGUUUAGUGCGUCGUAUUUAUCGGCAUCUACGCCAGUGACGUUACGGUCUCUGGCGAGGCUUUCAGCUGGUUAGCCAAACAUCCACAGAAAAAAGAGAUGAGCAGGAAAACGAGACGAAGAACAUAAGAACACAUUUAUUACAAGCUAGAAAAAUAGCGACAUAACGGAAAUCUGUUUAGGUGGUACGUUGAAACCUCAGCACACAGCAUUCCUCGCACCCAAGGGCCACAGCUUCACCUUCAUCUCACCAAGCAGAGACUCUGUGUGGCAGCUGUACAGUACAGAGGUCCAACAUUUAUGGGAACACAUGCUCUAAAACCAACUAACUAAGACCUAUGGCAAUAAAUCAAACAACUACAGAGUUUAGUCUUACCUGAAUAUCAGAUGUAAGGAAGGGGAACCUCUGAAGUCCUUCAGUUUUUGAUCAACUCAACACAUUUCUGUCAAAGUCUGCACUGGGGUUGGGUGCAUGGGUGUUGUGCUGACAGCAGUUUAUUGUCAUGGUGGACUGGUAUGUCUGAGCCUGAAGCUAGUUUAGCUUCCCAGUUUCAUAUAGCAUGUUAGCAUAUGGCUAACUGCGUAUGGUGACAGAUCAGGCCAUCAUCCUCUUCCCCUCCAUCACCAUCUCUGGCCCCUACAAGGGGGUAUUAACUAAUUGGUAGUGGUGCCCCCUUACCCCAUCAUCUUUUCAUUUCUGUUUCAUUUAGUCAUCUAUCCACCCACCCCAACAAUCAUCAGCUUUUGCUUUUUCUUCAUCUUUCACUCUCAUCCUCCCUCAUCACUUUUGUAUUGUACCCAGGCUCUGGUGUUUUCUUGAGAUCGCUCUCUUUCUUUUGAAUUCAUCUCUUAUCUGUGUCAAUUCAGUGUGCAUUGCCACAGUUUAAGAGUCCCUGUCAUCUUUAAAGUCCUUUAAACCCCCAAUCCCAGUGCAACUCAGUCUGGCCCAGAGUAGACCACCUCAACGUCUGACAGUCAAGCCGCUAGGCAGUUGUUUUGGUGGUUGUUUUGGGUGCAUGGAAUCGGCUUAACCGUGGAGAGGCCAGGCUACCACAAACUGAUGGACUUUGACAAGCGAGGAGUAGGGGGAGGAGGGGGCGGUGGAGGAGGUGGUGGCGGUGGAGGAGGUGGAGGGAAGGGGGAGACAGAGGAGGGAAAGAGGAUGUCUGGAAAGACGGGGAGUCGAUCAGGGCAUGGUGGCCGGGGUGCCGGCUCCAACUCUGGAGUCCUGAUGGUUGGACCCAACUUCCGGGUUGGAAAGAAGAUUGGCUGUGGGAACUUUGGGGAGCUGCGACUGGGAAAGAAUCUGUACACCAAUGAAUAUGUGGCUAUCAAACUGGAGCCAAUCAAGUCACGGGCACCACAGCUCCACCUAGAAUAUCGCUUCUACAAACAGCUGGGAAGUUCAGAGGGCGUACCCCAGGUAUUCUACUUUGGACCUUGUGGUAAAUACAAUGCUAUGGUUCUGGAGCUCCUUGGACCCAGCCUAGAAGAUCUGUUUGACCUCUGUGACAGGACCUUCUCUUUAAAGACUGUACUCAUGAUAGCCAUACAACUGAUAACUCGUAUGGAGUUUGUCCACACCAGAAGCCUGAUCUAUCGAGAUGUGAAGCCUGAGAACUUCCUGGUGGGCCGACCCGGCUCAAAACGGCAACACACCAUCCACAUCAUAGACUUUGGCCUGGCAAAAGAAUACAUCGACCCGGAGACCAAGAAACACAUCCCAUACAGAGAACAUAAGAGUCUGACUGGAACUGCUAGAUAUAUGAGCAUCAAUACACAUCUGGGGAAAGAGCAAAGCAGGCGGGACGACCUGGAAGCUCUAGGUCACAUGUUCAUGUACUUCCUGCGAGGCAGCCUACCCUGGCAAGGACUCAAGGCUGACACUCUUAAAGAACGUUAUCAGAAGAUAGGAGACACAAAGAGAGACACACCAAUAGAGGUCCUCUGUGAGAACUUCCCAGAAGAGAUGGCCACCUACCUGCGGUACGUGCGUCGGCUGGACUUCUUCGAGAAGCCAGACUACGACUAUCUGAGGAAACUCUUUACGGACCUCUUUGACAGAAACGGAUACAUCUUUGACUACCAGUAUGACUGGACUGGAAAGCCACUGCCCACUCCUAUUGGUCCAGUGGCCAGUGAGACUCCACUACAGACGAGCAACCGAGAGAAAGCACCGCAGACCAAAAACCAGUCUCCAGAGGGGAAAGGCAGUGAGUCCCAGCCCACUCCAGUCACCAAUCGAGAGCUGCUGGGCUCCCAUCUCACUGCUGAUAGACUGGGCGGGUCUGUCCAGGUUAUGAGUUCAACCAAUGGAGAGCUGAAUACAGACGACCCCACUGCAGGACACUCCAACGCACCAAUCACAGCCAACGCAGAGGUGGAAGUGGCUGAUGAUACCAAGUGCUGCUGUUUCUUCAAGAGGAGGAAGAGGAAAGCUCUCCAGAGACACAAAUGAAAACGAGCAACAAGAGAGACACCCCUGCUCUCUUUUUCACCAUCUCUUUUUCUUCCUUUUCUCCCUCUCUCUCUCUCUCUCUCUCUCUCUCUCUCUCUCUCUC